ACUUGCGAGAAAACUUCUGCAAUAAAUGUCUGACAGACUGUCAGACAGCAACUAGCCAAUGUAAACAGUACUGCAAGUGAGAUCGCGACAGUUCCCAUGCGCUCGCAGCAAUUUGUCGCGAGAGCCGAUUACUUGCAGGUCUAAACACGUUCACAUCGACUCGCCGCAACUUCUCGCACAAUAGGACUAGUUCCGAAUAUCUCGCGCUCGCAAUGACACUUUCCUGUUUUGUCCACGAGUAAUUUUACAUUUCUUUCUGUUACUGAAAUAAGUUACUAAUGACUCUUGUGAGGUUGAUGCAACUUUAAUAUGAGAGGAAGAGAACUCGAAGAAGUCUUGCAGAAGAUUCUUGCAAUGCCGUUUGCACUAGCAAGCAACUUCCCGCAAUAAGUAUUGCCAGAAAUGUGUCGCGCGAGAGACUGUCAGAGAAUACUGUCGCAACUUCUUGCAGGACUGUAUAGACAGGGUAGUUUGACCUGUUCCGAGAUUUCUCGCCAGUUUAGUUUCAAACACCAUGCCGCGCAGACGUGAACGUGUAGCAGCAGCAAUAUAGCAUUAUUAAAUAAAAAGAAAAAAAGAUCCGUUUGGGUCCGACAAUGGAUUUCGAGACGACCUGAAUUCGGUUGCUUCCAUAAUUUGUUAAGAGAACUUCAAAUAGAAGACGGACAACAAUAUUUUAAUUUUAUUCGUAUGACUGCUGUGGAUGUGGAAAUUUUAAUACAAAAAGUGGGUCACAUAAUUAAAAAAUAAGACACCCGGAUGCGAGAUUCAAUAUUUCCGAAGGAAAGGCUCAUCUUAACAUUAAGAUUUUUAGCAUCCGGAGAAUCAUAUCAUUCAUUGAUGUAUCUAUUCAGAAUUCCUGUCUGCACCAUAUCUAAAAUUAUUCCGGAAGUAUGCAAAGCUUUGUACGAUACACUACAUGAGGAAUAUUUAAAGGUCCCAUCUACUCAAUCGGAAUGGAUGCAUAUUGCGAAAAUGUAUGAAGAAAAAUGGAAUGGAAUUUUUUUAACAGCGAUUCUGAUUGGAUUUUCUUGGAAAAGGGGGGCUGAUUUUCAAUCAGCUUGAGGACUCCGCGUGGAGUAACGCAGGUAGCCGACGCUGACGGUAAUAAAGUAAUUAGGACUUCCCCAAAUUUGCUGCACGACGAGUAAUUUCCUAAUAAUAGGUAAUAAAACGCGUGUUCGUUCUAACACCCGUA